AUGAAUGAGUUGAAGAUUCCAGAAGGAGGAGUUGAUCUCAAAAGAAGAUUUAGAGAUGAUAAAGACCUGGUCGAAGUGAAAUCUAGAAUUUGGUUUCGGAAUGGAAGAGCGUGGAUAUUCGAAGUUCCUUCCAGUGAAAUUGAAUUCUCAUCUAAUCUACUCACUUGUCUCAUUCUACAACAUUAUAUACCAAACCAAGAUUUGUUGAUGUUACAUGGAAGUAGUACUACGAUUCUUCAAGAAGGUCGUGCUUGUGCUGAACCGUACCAAGGUUUAAGUCCACCUCGACCCAAGGUUCCAAAUCACUUCUCAGGGAAUGGACACGGAGCACCAUACCCAACGAUGGUAAUAGAAGCCGCUAAAUCUCAAUCACUUGCAGUUUUGCAUCGUAAGUGUCUCGACUAUUUCCUGGACAGAGCAGUUGCUGGAGUGGUUACCGUCGAAAGUACUAUCAGGGUUGCAAUCAAGAUAUAUCCAAGAGAUAACGCUAAUUUUGCAAUAGUUAUUUUAUACUAUCGGAAUGGUGCACCCGCCAAUCCAGUGAGGAUCAUCUCUUGUGGAACUACUCAUUUGGAUUCGGUCAACGCUGUCCCACAUGUCAACGCGAUAUCUCCACCUGGCUACAGCUGUGAAGGUGUAAUGUCUCCAUUAGAUCCUCCUCCGUUCGUUCCUGUCAAUCCCGCCAAUCCUCUCAAUCUUCAAAAUCCAUGCAAUAAAUUGGGGAUUCCACUGUAUCAACUACAGAUUCCUACAGCUGAGCUAUUCAAUGGUGCCGUUAUCCCACUGGAUGUCGUUCUACCAUCUAUUUGCACUGUAGACCUGCAUUCCAUUCAACAAACUGCUAACAAUAAACUUUAUUGA